GCGAAGGCUGGCACAUAGGCGGCAGACGGAGCAGUGUGCCAAUGAUGCCAUUGCGGGUCUCAACGCUCUCCAUCCUCCGUGCGUGCAGCGUGGGCCCAUCACGGCGGCUCAGCGGCUUGCUACCGCCACCAUUUUGAACGAGGUCAGAAUGGCCCCGAAGUCUGACACUCACUUUUCUCGCCGUGGAGCCGCGAAGGAGCUCCUGGCCUCCAGCCUGUCCUACACCGCGGACGAGGCACCGAGUCCCGUGGUAAGGUACGUCAGAUCCCGAGUCGACAUCCCAGAAGUGGGUGCGGUCAUACCUCCUGGUGAGUCGGUGCUCGACGGGAUCGGGAGGAGCUACGUGCUGGACUACGAGCAAGCCAUGAUGAAGACUCCUGACGAGUGGUCCCGCGUCUUGGAUAGCGAGCCGCCCGUCACCCCCUACAUGGAUGAAGUUUUGAAGCGUGACCCAGUGGCAUACCGCACUUUCAUCGGCGACCUGGUGAAGGCUAACAUGCUGGGUUUCACGUACCGCCCGAAGGAUUUAGUCACUCCCUUUUUCGUGGCCAAGAAGAGUGGAGCGCAGCGUCUAGUGUGGGACGCUAGAGUGCCAAAUCGACGUUUUCGCGACCCGCCGCCGCUGGCCAUGGGGACAUCGGCGGCGCACGGUCGCCUACAGCUUCCUGAUGAUCGUAAGGAGGACGGCAGCUUCAACACCAAGGUUUUCUGCGCCCAAGCUGACGUGCGCAACUACUUCUACGCUCUCGGCCUGAGGGAGGAGCUGGGACUGUUCUUCUCGCUGCCUCCGGUGUCGCAGGCUUCGUUGUCGCAAUGGGGGGUUGAGGCAGUGGGCACUCCCGAGGGCCCCUCGGGGGGCUGGGUGUGGCCGUUCCUGCGGGUCGUUCCGAUGGGCUGGUCUUGGGCUUUCUGGCUUGGGCAGCGUGCGAAUGCGCACGUCUGCUGCUCUGCCUCGGGGCUCGGGUUCCCGCGGGUGCUGACCGAUCACGGUCCGGUGCCCCCGCUCGACGGGGGGGUCCCUUGCCUCCUCCCCUAUUGCGAUAACAUCAACGUCAUCGGCACCGACCCUGUCAGAUGCAAUGUUUUGAUGCACCAGAUCUGCGACGCCUGGAGGAAGCAUGGCGUGCAGAUUCACGAGGUGGUCGAGGCCACUGACGUCUUCACCAGCCUCGGCCGUCUGAUCGACGGCGCGUCUGGGCGAGUUUUCUCACGGCCCGAGCGCUCCGAGCGCCUCCGCCAAGCUUCACUGUGGCUAGAGCAGCGCCCUAGAGUCACGGGGAGGGAGGUGGAGAGGUACGUGGGUCAUCUCAUUGAUCAUCUGAUGCUGAAGAGGGAGCUGCUCUCGAUCCUCAGGAGUUUGUAUGAUUUCGUCAGAGAGUGCUAUCACGUGCGAGCCCGUCUCUGGCCCUCGGCUGCCCGCGAAGUCGAGCAGUGCCGUCGCCUGCUGCCGCUGAUGUCUGCCAACCUUCGGCUUCAGUGGUCGCCGACGGUCUUCGCUUACGACGCGUGCUUGACGGGUAUGGCCACGUGUCAGACAACACUGUCAUCAGAUCUUGUCAAGCGCAUCGGGUCAGUCAGUGAGAGAUGGAGAUAUCGCAUGCCUUCGGCUAUCUCGGCACGCCGUUCUGCUUUGGGAGUCCGUUCUGGAGGCCAUGAGGCCUCGGAGGGGCCGUUCGACGUCUUCAGCGACAUCGAGACCGUCAAGGCCCCCAAGAGCACCAGCAUGGACCUCAUCAAGGACCCCUGGGAGCUCAACCCGCAGUUCACAGAGGUGCCCGUACAGGCUCUGCAGGGCCCCCAGUGGAAGCAGGUGGUCUCGGCCAGGGUUCACGUCAAGGAGCCCAUCGCUAUUAUCGAGGGGAGGGCUUCGAACAUGACAUCUCGUCAUAUCACGAGGGCCCAGGUGUCCCGCCUGCCCCGCGCGGUGUCCGUCAAGCGCCCAGCUGCCAGCCCCAAGAUCGUGCAGAAGAGCUUUUUGAAGGGCAGGCCGUUUGUUGGGGCGACGAAGGAGGAGAGGAUUGCUCACCGUCUGCGGGCCUCUGGGCCGUUCGCGAUGGUGGGGGAGGACGAGAGGAGCUUCCUGGAGUGGAACGCGGUGGCGCCCGAGACUCAGGCAUACUACAAGGACGCCCUUGACGACUUCCAGGCGUUCGUGGACCUUUUCGAGCUGCCGCUGCACACCGCGGCUCAGGUCGACCUGGCGCUGACGAACUACGCCGACUACGCCUGGAGCAUCGGGCUCGAGAGAGCCGCCGUCCUGAAAACAUAUGCCGCGUACAUCUCGGACCUCUUCCUCCCCUCGGGCUCGUGCAUGGACUACGGCUUCAACCUGCGCCCCAGCGCGAGGGGCGAGUACAGCAAGACCAGCUUGUCGGACGAGAGCCUGCUCCUCGAUUCGGUCGAGGUGCCCUGGCUGGGCCCGCUGCUGGCGCGCGCGAGGUCGGGGGACCCGCAGGCGCCGCUGUUCCGUCUCACCGCCGCGCAGCUGGGCGUCAUGUGGCGUCAGGCGCUGGAGCUGGCCGAGGUGCCCACCAAGUACGUGCCCUACCAGCUCCGCCACGGUGGCCCGUCGCACGAUCGCCUCAAGAGGUAUCGUUCCAUGGGCGAGAUCAAGAGGCGCGGGCGGUGGGCCAGCGACUAUACGAUGAAACGCUACGAGGCCCACGCGCUGGCGCAGCAGGAGCUGGCGGCACUCCCAGUCGACGUCCGCCGCAGGGCCGAGGCGGCGCCCGCGAAGCUGCACGCCGAGCUCGAGAGGCUCCUGGCGCGGCCCCAGAGGCCGUUCGUCGAGCUCAUGUGCGGCUCCGCCGCCUUGGCCAAGGCCGUCCACGCCGCCGGCUGGGCUUCGGAAGGCUGGGACUAUGCUGACGACCCGCGAGCCGACCUUCUUGAUGAGUCCCUCGUCGACAGUCUGGUUUUGAGGAUCUCACGGAAGGAAGUCGCUGGGGUGCAUGUCGGCCUGGACUGCAAAACGUGGAGCCGGGCAAGGAAGAAUGAUGGACAGGGUCCGCCGCCGCUCAGGGACGAUGCGAAUUUGCACGGCCUCCCUCUGCUGGCGGCGGCAGACGCUGAGAAGGUGAGAAUCGCCAAUCGUCUGCUCGCUAAUGUUCUGCGCCUGCUGGCGGCGGCCGUCGAGGCGGGAGUCCCCUUCUCUCUCGAGAACCCUCGCACGUCUCGCCUCUGGCUGGUCCCAAAGCUGCUGGACAUGGCCCGCGACGCUCACGCCGAGUGGGCUUCUGUUGAUUAUUGCCAGUAUCAGGUCCCUUGGAAAAAGGCGACUACCUUUUUGCUUUUCAAUUGGCUGCCAGCGCAGCCUUCCCUCCGCCUGUGUUCAGGCUGUCAAAAAAGGUGUAGUGCAACAGGUAAGGCACACAUAACGCUGAAGGGUAAAGACCCGCUCGGUGUGUUCUGGACUUCAAGGGCGUGCCCUUGCCCCGCGGCGCUCUGCAAAGAUCUAGCAGCGCUGGUGGUGGCCAAAGCCAAGACACUGGAUGGCAGUGGGUAG